UCCCUCCCUCUCAAACAAUCUCACAGCAUUCACCAUACACUUCAGCUAUCAAGAGUCCUUUCCCUAAUCCAUCGUCAAUUCUAGCAUCCCACAAAGAACAACCGUCAACCAUGGCCGAAGGACACCGCCACCACCUCUUCCACCACAAGAAGGAGGAUGAGCAACCCGUUGAGGCUGUCAACUACUCCGAGACCGCCUACGGCAGUGAGACCACCUACGGCAGUGGCCCUGGCAGUAAAACCACCUACGGCAGUGGCCCUGGCAGUGAAACCACCUAUGGCGGUGGCCCUGGCAGUGGCCCUGAUAGCGCUUACGGCAGUGGCGCUGCCUACGGCAGUGGCCCUGAUGGUGCUUAUGCUGAGACCACCGAAGUGACCACCAUCACGGAGCCUGAGGUCGAUUACAAGAAGGAGGAGAAGCACCACAAGCACCUCGAAGAAGUCGGCGGGCUCGGUGCAGUCGCUGCUGGCGCUUAUGCUUUGUAUGAGAAGCAUGAGUCCAAGAAGGACCCAGAGCACGCCCACAGGCACAAGAUAGAGGAGGAAGUGGCCGCCGCCGCUGCUGUCGGGGCCGGCGGGUUCGCCUUCCAUGAGCACCACGAGAAGAAGGAGACCAAGGAAGAAGAGGAAGAGGCUCAUGGCAAGAAGCACCACCAUCUCUUCUAAACGGCGGACGACCUCCGCCUCUCUCUCUCUCUCUUAUUGCUCUGUGUCUUGUUUAUGUAAUUUUUAUUUCCCUAACCAAGUACGCUACGAGCAAAAGAGACCGCCCUCGAUCGCCCCCGUACUUGGAGGAGAGGGCGGCUUCUGGGAUGUUGGAUCCGAUGCUUGGUAAUGCUUCCUGAGAGAGAGAGUGACUAUAUGUGUGUGUGUUUGGGCUUUGUCUGGUACCAGUUGUAUCUUGGGUGUCUUCUAAUAAAGUUAUCUUCUCAUGAUCCGA